AUGGAUUCUGAAGAAAGCAAGGGGGAUGUUAAGAUGGUCGUGAACUCAAAUGAGCCGUCACCAAACAAUUCAGCAUCCUAUCAAGACACAUUGCGUUUCCGUACAUGGCGCAAACACACUCGGGACCUUUAUCAAAGCCUGUUUCACAUCGACCUUGUCUGGGAAACUCCAGCUGCGCAGCUCAUGCCGUACGUCACUAAAAAGGGGGAUGUCACUACCAAUACCAUACUCUGUGGGACGCGUACCGGCGGGCAGGAGCAGGCUUAUCUUCACCUUCUUAACGCCACACUUCCGAGUAACGCCAGCAUCUUGGAUAGUGCUGAACGACCUUAUUGCGAUGCUACAGGCGAAGUGGGCGGUUAUGGAAUGGCGCCUAGCACGUGUAACCUUCGGGUGGAGCGCCGGAUUUUGCACGACGGUGACGUCCUAGCCGCACGUUACAUGUAUGCAAAUCCACUUCUUAUUGCAUCUGCAUCCAGCAAUGGGGCGGUUUACAUCUUUGACUGGUCGCGCGUCUCGCUUAAUCGGUUUCCGAAUGACCCUCCUCGCCCACGGGCGCCCCUACCCCCGAACGAACUGAGCAGCAAUCCCAGCGAUGAGGAGCGCAUCAAUUACCAAAAGCGUAUGCGUGCGCUCAACGCGAUUAUAGCAGAACAGGACCGUUGGGACCGUCGACGUGGCCCGGGCCAGCACGUCCUCACGCUGGUUGGUGGCAAGGGUCCUUCUGAUAACUUGGACUGGAGUACGUCACAGGACGGCAUGCUGGUCUCUGGUUUCCAAGGGAGGGUGUGCGUAUGGAAGGUUGGUAACCUCUCCAAGGAUGAUCCGCACACGGUGGAACCAUGUGAGACGUUUCGUUACGAUGGCGAGGAAGAUUGCCGAAUCACCUCGAUAAAGUUCUUGUGGAAAUCCGAUAAUGAAUUUGUCUGCACUACAACAAGUGGGAAUGUGUUUUACAAUGACCUGCGCACACAAAACUCAACUGAAAUCUUUUCUUUACCAGAAGAAGCUACCGCGCUGGCAGUGUCGCCGCUGGACUCCAAUCUGCUCCUUAUAGGAAGUCAAGGUGGCGAGGUGUUUCUGUUUGAUUUGCGCCAAAGCUCAUUGCCACUGCGUUUGGAACAGCUUCAUGAAGGCGAGGUGACAACGUUGGAGUGGUGUCCCCACUCCCCGCAUCUUUUUGCUUCUGGUGGUGUGGACCAGAAUGUUUGUAUUUAUAACAAAAAACGCGGGAAAUUACUCUUUAAGCACGCAGGUCACACGGAUAGCAUCAUGGACCUCGGCUGGAACUGGCAAACAGAUAAUGCCGGUCAGCUUUUAUCAGCUGAUAGUAAUGCAUUAAUGUUGUGGCGUCCGCGAGAUUAUUAUUUCUGCACAUAG